CCCCGGUCCUUUCCAACGGUCUAACUGCCGACUCUUCUGGAUGGAGAUAAAGAGAGGAUUGCCUCAGAGGGAGAGAGGGAAACACUUUUCCUCCUUUGUAUUUUAAAGUACCAUUUACUUCAGAGAGCAGAGAAAGAGAGAGGGGAGGUGUGUUUAAGAUUUUCCAGGGAGGUGGAGUUUUUCAGAGUGGAGUCACAGACGAGAAACUUGCACGGUAAAACAAAGUGAAGUGGGACACGGAGAAUGGAAACUAUCUCCUCACAUCUGUAGUCCGUCAGUGCUAGCUUAAGACAGGGUUAGGAGCAGAACUAUGACCUGUUUGUAUUCGUAGUUUAGUUUAGCCUUCACGUUUCAAAGGGGAGAAGUUGGGAGGAACCGGUUUUCCCUGGUACCCUAGCGCCGCUUUUGUGCUUGUGAAUGGUCGGGUGUUUUUCCUGUUUGACAGAGCCGAUUGUCAAGUUAACAUACAGCUGCCGAAAACACAGGCUAAUCGUUGCCAAAUCUUUUCAAAUGGACUUAAGAUAGAGCCACAAGAAGUUCCUAAACUUGUCCUGAACUUCAGCCUCCCACAUUCAUCCAGAAUGGCAGAUCCCACCGGGCUGAGCUCUGAAGGGGCCGGGGAAGGUUUGUCUGAAGUUGACGUGUGCAGUUUGGAGAUCGAAAGGAAGUAUGAUGUCAUCCCCGCUGUCAUCUGCUCCAUGUGUUGCCUGUUUGGCAUCAUCUACUGCUUCUUUGGUUACCGCUGUUUCAAGGCUGUCAUGUUCCUGUCGGGUCUGAUGUUCGGCUCAGUCAUCAUCUUCUUGCUCUGUCACAAGGAGCAUGUGCUGGACACUCAGCUGAGUGUAGAGGCCAGCGCAGGUAUUGGACUAGGUAUAGGCCUGCUGUGCGGCCUGGUCACCAUGCUGGUAAGAAGCGUCGGCCUCUUCAUGACCGGCUUGCUGCUGGGCCUCCUCUUGGCUCUGUCCGCCCUGCUGGUCACUCACCAGUUCUACACUCCUACCACAGUCUGGGUCCCACUGGGUACUCUCUUGGGAACAGGCAUGUUGUUUGCUGUGCUGACGCUGCAGUGGCAGAAGCUCUUCACCAUGCUGUCCACUGCUGUGUUCGGGGCAGCCAUCAUGACUGUGUGCGCUGAUUAUUUUGUGGAGAUGCUGGCUUUGGGUACACAUGUGUAUGACUGCCUGAAACUCACACCCGGACCCCCUCUCUGCUGGUACAGCUGGGUCAUUCUGGGCAUCUGGCCCGCCCUCAGCCUUAUAGGAGUUCUGGUCCAAUGGAAACUUACAGAUGACAGCUUCUCGCACACUGAGGUUGUGAUCAGUCGGAGGCAGAAGAGAGUCCAGCUGAUGCGGAUACGAGAGAAGGACGCCAAGAAGCGGCAGCAGGCAGGUGGGCAGGAAGGCAUGUACCGCCGUAAACCCACCCCAGUGAAACGUUACGCUGGGGAUCUACUGGCACCGAGCUACCUGCAAAGUCUGCGGGACAGACAGAUGGGCACCGGCACUUCCCUUAGCAGCCUGGGAACUGCCAACCACACCAUGAUCGACCUGGACUUUGAGACCGGGUCCACAGCACCCCUCACUCUACAACCCCGGUCAUCAGGAUCUGAGUUUCACAAGGACUAGAAGGGACUGUUUGGUGCUUCUCUGGUUCUCCAGCUGUGUCUUCCUGAAGUAGAGUAGAACAAAUAAACUGUGACCCUCAGUGAAGGGUUUUAAUCUGCCUUCGAAAUGAGCUAAAGCAAGGACGUGUAUGCCUGUGUUCAGUGGAAGAGAAUACUGUCUAUUUAGAAGUAAGAUUUGUGAAGCCCCUUUUUGGUGUAAGCCAUAACCACUACAACCCCCCCUGUUUCUCAGAGAAAUACUUAAAAAAAAGUUGAUAUACAUUGUAGGGUCCUUGAUUUCCUCAUAUUAUGUAUGAAAUACAUAAAAAGCAAGUACGAGCCUCAAGAGUGAGUGUGUUACUGUUUUGGUUGUGAAUGUGACAAAGCAAUUUGUUUAAAAUGUACUGUACUUAAAAAGUUAGUCAUUGCCAUGAAGUGUUGUGUUAUGAUGACAUGAGAACGGUUCAAAUGUGUGGUUGUAGAAUUUUGUGAAAGUUGUGUUAAAAUUACUUUAAUUUUGUGUAUUUUUUUUAGAUGGGAGUGUAGUGUGAGAGUAAAAUAUGACAUGUAGAUGGAAACAUGAAAGAAUGAAAGUGAGGCAAAAAUUACAUGAUACAGUCGUUAUACAGUUGUUGUUUAAAAGCUCUUAGCCAGAGCUUUUAGUGGGAUCUUUUCCAGCAGCACUCUUAAUUCUGUGACCUUUUUUUGUGUUUUUGUUUUGUCAGAACAUGGUGAAGACUUGUGUGUGCUUGCGGAGUAAACUUUUAUAAUUUAAUUUAUACAAUGAACAAAGUACAGGACAUGGUAAUGUUGAAAAAAAACGACAAAAAAAGCACGCCUGUUGUUAAUUUGUAGAUUUUUAAAUAAUUACCCCCUUUAUGUUGUUUUUAUUUGCAGGGACAAUGUGCUUUGUUACCUGAAUUUGUACAUACCUGUUGAUAGAAAUUUCAAAUAGGAAUAAAUAAAAGUGUUUGAUAAAAAAAAAAAACA